AUGGAUUCCCUGCUGUUCGCAUUCACUGUGAUCACUACUAUAGGUUAUGGCAAUGUGGCGCCGAGGUCGUUCUCUGGACGUUUGUUUGUGAUCGGCUAUGGCCUUAUUGGCAUCCCCUUCACUCUGCUGGCAAUCGCCGAUCUCGGGAAAUUCCUCUCUGAAAUGAUGUCCAAGUGGUCGAAGACGACAGUGAAAUUGAAAAAACGCCUGCAAGAAGAGUGGUUGUCACGAUCCAAACUAAAAGGUCGCUAUGACGCUGCUAAAUCUAGCUCUAAGGGAAUGCUGGAGAAAAGUCAGAGUCGCGAAGAAAUUGUGACGCUUGAAGACGGCAAGGUAUGCUUCCCUUCAAAAUCGGUUUUCUUUCUUAUCGUUGCAUAA